AUGACGAACCUAGUGUGGGAAGUGCCCGUUUUCACCGAGCUACAACCUGAGAUGUGGGACUUGGACUCAAAGGCAGAUGAAACCCCAAUGCCUGAGAAGUUCACAACCUAUCAGGGAAUCCAGUCUGAGGACUGGGAUGUGGACGAUGAGGUCCAGGUGAUGCCCACUGUACACCCUUCUUGUCUGGAAUUCCUCACUGAUCCAAAGGCCCAGAGAUUUCUCGAUCUUUACUCCAUCGGAAAUCUGCUGGGAAGUGGAGGCUUUGGAUCAGUCUACGAAGGAGUUCGUAGGAAAGAUGGACAGCAGGUCGCCGUUAAACACAUUCGCAAGGAUGGCUCGGAACUGUACAUCACGGCUCCUGGAGAGACCUGCAAGCUCCAUCUAGAGGUGGCUUUAAUGCAAAUGCUAUCAAAGCCACCUCACUGCCAGUACGUUCUGCAGCUUCUGGAUUGGUUUGAAAUGGACAACUGCCUCCUGUUAGUCCUGGAGAGACCAAUCCCCUGCAUGGACGUACUUGAGCUAAUCUUAAGCGAAGGAGGCAGCCUCGAAGAGCUACUGGCCAAAAUAAUCAUGCUGCAGGUGGUCGAGGCUGCACACUACUGCCAAAGCCACAAAGUUUUCCACCGUGACAUCAAGGCGGAAAACCUCCUUUUCAACCCCGAAACGCUGGACAUCAAACUGAUCGAUUUUGGCUGUGGUGAUUUGUGGCAGGACACGCCCUAUGUGGAAUAUGCAGGAACUCCAGAUUUUUGGCCUCCUGAAUGGGUCCAGCAACAACAGUACUACGCAGACCAUGCUACCAUCUGGAGUCUUGGCAUUCUCCUAUUCAGCCUAGUCUGUGGAGAAAUGCCCUUCAAUAACGAGGAGGAAAUUGUUGCUGGGUCCCUCGAUUUCACACCUGGUCUGUCUGAAUCCUGCCGCCAUCUGAUCCAGUGGUGCUUGGAGCGAGACCCCACCAAAAGGCCAAGCCUCAAGCAGAUCAGCGAACAUGAGUGGUUCAGAGAAGGCCUUUCAGGAGUUCGAGCUUCAGACAUAAGACGCAAGCUGGAGUCCAAAUCCGAAACUGAUGCUGAUUACAUCGAUGUCUCGGAGAAGGAGAAAUCGGUUUCCGAGAUCGUCUGA